AGUAGUAGAGUGAUAGAGGAAGCGUUGAUCGGUGGAUAUUUAGUGACAACGGCAGCGGUAAAGGUUGAUUUAAAAAGGACUCGAUCCUCGACUAAAAGCCGACAUGGGGCUGUCAGAGCUGGAGGAGUGUUCUCUGUCCCUGGACGUGAAGCUGCUCCGCUUCAUGGAGCAGCUGGAGUCACUGGAGGAGAAGCAAGCCGCUCUCAACUCUCUCAUCGAGCAGGGAUGGUUUUCCACAUCCAAGGCACGAUAUUCCAUGGGAAACAAGCAAGUCUCUGCACUUCAGUAUGCGAGUGAAAUCGAGCCACUGGUCUGUGUUCACACGAGAACCCUGGACAAUGGUGAGGUGGAGUUCUGCACAGAAAGAGUUACACAAAGUACAGAGUCUGGAACAAAUGUGAAGUCUAUAGAGGAAAUUGGACCUCAAGAGGAAGGUGUCAGGAGAAGAAACAAACCGAAAAACGUUGUCGCUGAAAAAAAGGGAAAUGAUGAAGCAAGUAGCCAGACAGCUCCUGAAGUAACUCCAGUAAAGAGAAGUGAACCGAAUCCUCAGCAAGACCCACUGAGAUGGUUCGGUAUCCUGGUGCCACAAUCUCUUAAACAAGCACAGUCAUCAUUCAAGCAAGUUAUCGAGCUCUCCGCUGAGAUUGCAACCCUGCAGACUGCAGUUUUAAACAGCAGAGAGGAACUGAAGAGCUGCAUGAGAGACAAACACAUUCUGCAGAAGAAGACCUCAGCCGCUCAGGUUGAACAGACGGUGAAGUAACACUGUCGAGGAAGAGCAGGCGAUGGUCUGACAGGAGCCUGUGGCCACGGAGACAGAGUGACUGGAGUCAGUAGGUGGACCUUUAAGGCCCAGUGGACCUUAACUGGCAUAUUUCUAAGUGAAGAUCACAAAUGUAGCUGCUCCCUCUAGAUGAUUGAGGAUAAUGUUUUGUGCUGUUAGAAUUCAUUAAUGUGUAACUUGUAUUGAAUGGAUGUUAUUUCUCAGGAUCAAUUAAAUCUGUGUUGUUGACGAAUAAAUUACUAUGAUAUAAUAUAUAAUAUAAACAGAACCUGCUUGAACCUUUUUAAUAAAUGAUCAGUAUUACUUUCUGAUAAGGAGGCAAAGGUGUUAUGAUCAUUUAUUUACUGAUGAAGAUCAGUCUAACUAAGUUUUGUAAUUCUCUGGAUUUACUUUUGUUUAAUAUAAAGUUGGGAAGCUAAAUAAAAAGACUUUGGACCAGAUUCUCUCCAGGCCUUAAUAAAUUAAAUGGGGCAUAGAUA